GUAAUAAAGCAAAGAAGUAAGAACAUAAUUCGUAAGCGUUAACAACAACCAAGCAGUGAGAUUAAAUACUAAGCGAACGACAGCAACCAUUUAACAAGCAACAAAUCAACCAAAAUAAACAAAACAAAACAAAACGAAAAAGAAAACCGAAAGCAAAAGCAAAGCAAAAUGACCAACGCCAUGGAUAUCGUGAAGAACGGCAGCGCCAACGGGUCCGUGGAUGGCAGCAAUGAUGAGUCGCGCACCAAUUUGAUCGUCAACUAUCUGCCACAGACAAUGACGCAAGAGGAGAUGCGAUCACUCUUCUCGAGCAUCGGUGAGCUCGAGAGUUGCAAACUGGUGCGUGAUAAAGUCUCAGGUAAUUUGGUCUUGCCAGCAUCGCUGACAGCGCUCAAUCCGGCCCUCCAGCAAGGUCAAAGCCUGGGCUAUGGCUUUGUCAACUAUGUGCGUGCCGAGGAUGCUGAGAAGGCUGUGAACACCCUGAACGGUUUGCGUUUGCAGAACAAAGUUAUUAAAGUAUCAUACGCCCGUCCAAGUUCAGAAUCAAUCAAGGGUGCUAAUUUAUAUGUAUCGGGUCUUCCGAAGAAUCUAUCACAACCAGACUUGGAGGGGAUGUUCGCAUCGUUCGGCAAGAUAAUUACAUCUCGUAUACUCUGUGAUAAUAUUUCCGGUCUAUCGAAGGGCGUCGGUUUUAUACGCUUCGAUCAACGCAACGAAGCCGAACGGGCCAUACAAGAGCUGAAUGGCAAGACACCCAAGGGCUAUGCCGAGCCGAUUACCGUCAAGUUUGCCAACAAUCCGAGCAACAGCGCCAAGGCACAGAUUGCACCGCCCCUGACCGCCUACUUGACGCCACAGGCGGCAGCGGCCACACGACGCCUGGCCGGCGCCCUACCGAACGCUGGUCGCAUCAGGUACUCGCCAUUGGCCGGUGAUCUGUUGGCCAACUCGAUAUUGCCCGGCAACGCAAUGACCGGAUCCGGAUGGUGCAUAUUCGUCUACAAUUUGGCACCGGAGACCGAGGAGAAUGUGCUGUGGCAGCUGUUUGGGCCAUUCGGGGCCGUGCAGUCGGUGAAGGUGAUCCGGGACCUGCAGACCAGCAAGUGCAAGGGAUUCGGCUUCGUCACAAUGACCAACUACGACGAGGCUGUGGUGGCCAUCCAGUCACUCAAUGGCUACACCCUGGGCAACCGUGUGCUCCAGGUCAGCUUUAAGACUAACAAAACUAAAACAACUUAAGCGAAACUGAACUAGUGUCUAGGCCUAAGCAUAGCCCUCUCUCUCACCAUCAAUACUCUAUGAUUUGACACUACCCGGAGACCCGAGACCCGAGACCCGAGACUUUCCGUAAGAUUGAAAGUGUUUGAUUUGCCAACGUCGCGACGCGUCGACAAGUUGUAGUCAAAAUUCACACAUUUACUAAGAUAAUGAUAAAGAUAAAAGAUAAAGACAAAGGACAGAGCUAAACCAUAAAUCAAAAUCAUGAUCAUGAUUGAAGGGAGUGUGAGGAAGAGGAGGAGAUUCAUCUAUGAUUUGAUUUUGUAUGCUAAACGAAAUUAUUAUGAUUGUAAUUCUAAUGAAAAACUUAGUGCAAAUUUAUUUGAUUUUGUGAGUGCGUGUGCGUGUGCGUGUCGAGUGGAUACCGAUUAAAGUACAUGCACUCGAAAUACUCGAAACUACGUAUAUAAUUUAAUUCGAUUAACCAAAGCAUAAAACUCAACAACACAAAGAACACAAAAAAACAAAGCUUAAAUGAGGCAAGCCGAAACCGAGCAGCAACUAACGAAGAGAGCGUGACAGAACCUUUAGGAAAAGAAAAACAAGACAACAACAAAUGUCUAUAAAUUGACAAAAUGAAUAUGGGAGGCAAUGGAGAUUGGCAACAUUGCAUUGAGCAAAUAAAGAAAACAAAACAAAAUAAAAC